AUGUUGCAGACUCCGUUGACGUGGGCUGCGACUAAGCUGCUGGCUUUCGCCUUUCCCGUCGACAAGCGCCCUCGUCCGCGCUCCACCUUGGACGAAUUCGAACCAGCAGACACGAUCGACCGACACGACUGGCGAAAUCGAGACCAAGCAAGGCGAAUUUUGCUGCGGGGGUCGAAUGCUCCUCAUCAAACCUUCGAACCUCGCUACUGGCCUCUGCUGCGUCUACCCCGCAACAACCAAGAAGCACAGCAUCUGUACAAUCACAUCCGCACCGUCGCAUGGUAUCUCGACUCGAUACCGCUCCUCGGCUCUCAUCUGCCUUUCAACAUCGGUAUCGAUUCUAUUGCUGGCGUUGUGCCGGGGCUCGGCGACUAUAUCGGUCUCCUUCUGGGUCUCUACCAGAUCAUCCUCUGCUCGCUAUUUGGUCUGCCAUGGUCGGUGCUAUUUUGGAUGGUCUUCAACGUCAUCUUCGAUUGUAUAAUUGGCAUUGUCCCCAUCAUCGGGGAUGCGCUCGAUGUCAUCUUCAAGGCAAAUCUGCGCAACUUGCGACUGCUCGAGGAUCAUCUCUACCAUUCCGGCGGCAAAUGCGGUGCAAAAAUCUUUUACAUCGAGUUUCCUCCUAGCGAUCUCUUCAUGCCACCGAAGCCCCCUUCUAGCUCGCCACCGAUCUCGUCUCCUCCGCCCGGUGCCCGCUUCACCGAACUUAAUGAUACCAAGCGCAGACCUACAAAGGAACCACGGUCUUACUUUCUGAGCCUGCCGUCGUCUGUAACGGAUUCGCGCUCCGGUACUGAUGCAGGCCCUUCCCGUUUGCACAUGCCGAGCAGCGAGAUUGGGCUGACGAGGCAAGAAGUAGUAAGAGACACAAGACAAUUCAACCACCAACCGAAGCCAACCCAUCAGCUCGUCGAAGUCGAGGCGUACAGCAUCCCCGAAGAGCCCAGCAGCAUCACACAGCAAGCGCCCCCACGCGGGUCAAACGCUGUCCGGACUGGUCAGUCAUCCGAAUUGGAACUGCCUGCUGCCUUGCUUCUAUCACCGAAGCAAACGAACACUGAGUUGCCACCCUCCAUCGCUACCAGCGCUUCCGAGGCACAUUAUGACUCGGCUCGGACAGGAACAGGACUGAAACCACUGCAUGGCGAGGAGGAACGACCGCGCGUGUCUUUUCACGAUACGACCAGGACAAGCCCCUCGUCGCUCUUGCGGUCAGACUCCAAGCGGCUGCGUCGAGACGUGGGCGACAUUGACGAAGAUUUCGACGACGAUUUCGAGAGUCAGCGGCUCCUCAAGGGUAUGUCGACCGAGCGCGACCGAGAGUUGGAGGAUCCACGUGCUCUCUGGCGCAGGCGCCGUGGGCUCUAUUUGCUCGUCUACUCGGCCAUUUUCUGCGUCGCCUACGUCACCUCGCUCGACUCGAAUACGGGCUAUCUCUAUCUCAACUUCGCCUGCAGCGAGUAUGGCGCGCUCGCCUCUUUCAGCACCGUCGCAAUCGUGCAGCAGAUGGUAUUUGCCAUCGCUAAGCCGCCCAUCGCCAAGCUAUCUGACGUGGUCGGACGUCCGCAGGCGUACGUGCUGUCGUUGGUGUUCUACGUUUGCGGAUACAUUAUCGUGGCGACGACGGCUUCGCUACGAUCGCUCAUCGGUGGCAUCUGUUUGCAGUCAGCGGGUACCACGGGCAUUCAAGUGUUGCAAUCGAUCAUCAUCGCCGACACUACCACGGCCAAAUGGCGAGGUCUCGUGAUCGGUCUCGUCAAUCUGCCGUUUCUGAUCAACUUUGCAGUGGCAGGGCCCAUGGUGGACCUGGUCAUGCGCCACGGCGGCUGGCGAUUUGGGUUCGCCAUCUGGACCGUAGUGGUGCCAAUUGCGGCCACGCCGCUGCUGCUGACGCUAUUGGUGGGUCAACGUAGAGCUCGGCGUGCGGGACUCGCAACAAGAAGCUCGCUGACGGACAAGCCGUGGAGGCAGGCGAUGCGGCAGCUGGCGCGCGAGCUUGAUCUGUUCGGACUGCUGCUGUUUACGGGAGGCUGGUUGCUCAUCCUGUUGCCGCUUACACUUGCUGGUCAUGGCGAGCGGCAGGCGCAGGUGCCCAUGACGACGUUUGUUCUCGGCGGUGUAGGCCUGCUCGUGGUGUUUGGAUGGUGGGAGACGCGCGCCUCGGUGCCCAUCCUGCCAUACCAGUUUCUGACCAACAGCGCGGUUGUCUGCACGUGCCUCGUGGGCGUGCUCGAUUUCGCCUCGUUCUACAUUUCAUGGACGUUUUUGUCGAGCUUUGUGCAGAUUCUCAAAGGAUGGGAUCAGACCAAGACGGGUUACUUUGCCACUACGCAGAACGUGACGUCGACGAUCACAGGCAUUGUGGUGGGAUCGCUCAUGGCCAUGACGCGGAGAUACAAGGUGCUUCUUAUGAUGGGAUUAGUGGUGCGACUGGUCGGAGUGACGCUGAUGGUGCGCUACCGGACAGCGGACGACCCGACGUUUAUGCUGGUGCUGUGUCAGCUGUUGCAGGGCAUUGGUGGUGGAUCGAUUGCGAUCACGAUGCAAGUGGCGGUGCAGGUGACAGUGCGCCACGCCGAUGUCGCCAUUGUGACGGCGCUGGAGCUGCUGACGACCGAGAUUGGAGCGGCGAUUGGGUCGGCGACGGCGGGAUGGAUGUUUCAGACCUACCUACCGAGCAAACUCGCGACCAACCUGCCCAACAUGGACGCCGACGAGCUCAAGCUGGUAUAUGGCAGCCUGCAAAAGGCACUCAGCUAUCCGAUUGGAUCGGCCGAACGCGAUGGGAUCAUCCAGUCGUGGGUCGAGGUGAUGCGAAUGCUGAGCAUCGUUGCCAUGAUCACGCUGGUACCGGCUGUCUUGCUGGGUCUGGCCAUUCCCGACACCUCGUUGCCUGAUGUGCAUGGUGCACCCAGCCACAGUCACAGCAGCCACCACCAUCACCAUCACAGCGGCUCGCGCCGAGGAGACCGACGUGGUCCGCGUCGACGCCCUUCGUUCUUGUCGUCCAGCAGACCCGCUUCGCCGCUCGAAAUUCGGGCAGGGCACUCGGAUCUCACUCUCGGGAUGGGCCUGGUGGUUGGAGACGAUCAAGACGCCGCCAACGCAAGCCGGCUAGCCACGACGCGAGCCAAGCGGGACCGAUCGGGUUCGAGAAACCGUGCUAGCGAGCGAGAGGCGAGGGACGAGUCGAGCCUGGGACGCAAGAAACGCCGAGCACGCCGAGCCGUGGUGCGCUGA